AUGGCGAACGCUGUUAACGGUGGCGAAGGUAUCAGCAACGCUCACGCGUACCUGGGCGACCUGGAGACUGUAGAUCACCGCCAGCUCUCAGUCUUUCCCGGUGGCAAGGUUCUGUUUCCAGGCGAUGAUCUGCCACUCCGGAUGCUCUCGGACUCGAUGAUCAUUGGCAUCCGUAAUUUACUAUCACAUGAAGGUGCGCUGCUGGCCGUGCUGCCUCCACACCAGGCUAGCACGCAGUAUGGGGUCACUGUUCGAGUUGAGAGAUUCACUGUGGAGGAUCACAGUGCGGCGAUGACUGGGGCUGCGAGACAGCGCUUCCGUUUAGUUAAGAGACUACGAUCGGAAUCGAGCGCUGCGAUUUUGUGGGGUGAAGUGGAGAUCUUACCGCAGGACAGAGCUCAGUCGAUCCCAUUCGACAACUUGUGCUGGCAUCGAGAAGACGAGAAAAAGGAGAAUGAGACGAGCAAGAAGAGAAGUCUGCGGAAACUCCGUGGACGACAGUACCCAGCGUACUGGGGGUGCAGUACAUAUGCGUUGUAUGAUGCACGGGUUCUGGAGAUCGAACUUCUGGAACAGGUUGAGGAGGAUAUUUACUGCUCCAUGUGUGGCACUUUCCUGGCGAAUACUCGAGAAAUCUUCAGCAUGACGGCACGCGGUGCCGCUGGAGGCACGUUCGUUAACCCUGGCGGCCACGUCUUCCAAGUGUUGACGCUGCGCGAGGUGGACCGUGCACAUGUCUUCGUGGAUAUGACGCGCAGUACGGAGGACACGUGGUUUGCAGGAUAUGGAUGGAGCAUCACGCAUUGUAACUCAUGCUAUCAACAUCUUGGCUGGCGCUUCGACCGAGUGGACUCGCAUGGACUACCUGCUACUUUCUUUGGCUUUCGACGAGCAGCAUUAACGCGAUCUCGAGGCUCUCGACGAGUUGAUCCUCGAUCGAUCGGCUUGGACGGAUACGAUACGGAGGACUACGAGGAGUCGAUAGCGUCCAGUGAUGGCUCGUCGGCUAAUAGCGAGGAAAUGCAUUUGCUGCUGAGUACAAGUACCGGUACAGAAUAA